CUACAAGUGAAAUAAAUUAAUAAUUAAUAAUAUAUAUAUAUAUUGAUAAGAGAGAUAAUUAAACAAGAAGGGACAGUAUUGAGACAAAAAUAUUUGUUUGGUGGAGAAGAAAAAAAACAAAUAAGAAUUUUUAAAAUAGGAGGGUAUAUUAUUGAAGAAGUAUAGGAUUAUAUAUAUAUAUAUAUAUAGAUAAGAAGAUAAAUAAAGAGAGAAAGAGAAGCCGGUAAUAGUUAUAAUACUUGGUGAUCCGCGCCAAGAAGAAGAGAGUUAUCGAUCGACCGAUUCGCGCGACCUCGUCGGCAUGCAACGUCAGAAGAGAACGGCUAAUCGCCUUUACUUUACGACAAUUCUACUCUGGUAAAAAAGAAAAAAAAAAAAACAAGAAAUAAAGACAAAGAGAAAGAAAUAGAGGGGGAUGUGGAAGGGAUAAAAGGGAAAGAAAGAAAGAAAGAAAUAAAGAAACAAGCGGCGAGAUAUUAGACAAAAUAUAAGAACUAAUAAUAAGAAAGAAGAAGAGGAGGAGGAAGAAGAAGAAAAAGAAGAAGAAGGAUAACAUAGUGAAUUGAUACGAGAUGACGGCAAUGUUGGUGUCUGUCGCAGAAUUGUCGAACAUUUUUUCUGUCCUUGCUGUACUGAUAUGUUUCUGCGGGGUCUUCUUAUUUAUUAUGAGGAACAUGAUAGUACUACGAGUUCAUGGGGACGAGCUUAUGUUUGGCAGCAGUGGCAGCGUCAUGGCACAUUCACCACGUAUUCCACAAAUGGAAAUGAUGAAGGUUCACAUUCCCUUCACCUUCAAACUUCACGAAAGCUUCAAGAGCACCUAUGCUGAAGUCGAGUGCGAAGUAUCCAGUCAAGUUGAGUACUCACUGCAAGCAAUGUGGGGUGUCAGCAUAAGGGAACUUCACUUGGCCCUUUGGAAACCCUGGAGCAAUCUCAGAGAAGCGUCCUUGAAUGGCACGCUUCUUCAAAGCCACGCUCAAUAUUUAACACCACCACAAACUAGACAAUCUCACGGAGAAGAAACAUUGAGAUUAUCGCUUCCGGCACCAGAAUUAGAACUGGGAACACCACCACGACUUUGUUAUCCGUUAGUAAUCUUUCUAACACGUAGAGAUAAUGGUGAUCCACAUCCCGAUGAAACUGUUGCUUUGGUGAAUGUCGUCCAUAUCAAGGAUAACGUAUGCACGUUACCAACUUCGAUACUGGCACAGUAUUUAAAACAAGCCAAUGGACAAUUAUCUUGCCUUAAGCAACUCUAUUUGGCAACCGGGAACUCAACGAAUUACGACGAGGGUGAAGUGUCAUCAGGAUUAGGGCCAGCAUUGGCAUUGGCCGAGCCCUGCAACAAUAAUGGAAGUUCAACGAGAGGUGCUUUAGUAGCAUCGGGGAAUAGUGAUUCAGAGGGUUCGUUUUGGAACACGGCUGGGGAACAACUAUGCGUUGUUUGUCAAUAUUUUCCGUUGUCACGUGCAUUGUUACCGUGCAGGCAUACAUGCAUAUGUGCAUCGUGUUUCUGUAAACUCGAUCGUUGUCCGAUGUGUCGUAGCCCAAUAAAAAGUUAUUUUUGUAUUCGCGGAGAAGAAUAUAUGCCAAUUGAGAAGGACUCUAAUUCGUGUUGCAAACAAAGACAACAGAGUCACGGGCCAACUCAUUGGCUUUACGAUUGGAACGACAGACUUACAGAUUUUCUCGGAUUUGCACGAUAGAUAUUUUCAAACGAAAUAUUAUUAUUAUAUCAUGAAACCCUCUGACCCUUCUUCUCAUUCUACAUUUGUUCCCCCUCAAGUCCCAUAAUCCUAAACCCAAUCCCCCCCCCCCCMCCUAUUAUUCUCUCACUUCGAAUUUUUCGAUUCAACUUUUUUAAUUAUUCUUAAAUGAUAUACAUAUAUAUAUAUAUAUAUAUGGUAUCUUCUUAUACUCGUACCAAUUCGAAUUAAGGAUUUACUGACAAGACAAGAUUAUUAUCCUAGUAUCCCAAGGUCGCUCAAAUUUAUCAUUCAGUGACUCCUCGGAUAUUUUACGUGAUUACUUUUAUAUAUACAUAUAUAUGUAUAUUGCGAACGUAUGAGUUAAAAAUUUGUCUUGAAAACAUGUUGGGAAGAAAAAGAUAAGAAUGAACGAGAAAAAGAGAGAGAGAGAGAGAGAGAGAGAGAGAAAGGAAGAAGUACGAUGUG